UUGCUCUGUUCACUUUGUUGUCUACCAUUGUUAUCGUUAACCAUGCUCAUAAUACCAGCCUUUGGUCACAACUGGCAAAGCCAUGGAUAUCAAGGUGACCAGCCACAUGAAUUUGGCCAUACAAAUGGUGAUAUUGGAUCGAAUAUUUCACAAAUAUUGAAUUCCUUUUUUUCAAGUGGCUACGAUAAGCGAGUUCGACCCAAUUAUGGUGGACCACCGGUCAAAGUGGGUGUAACGAUGCACAUAUUGACUAUUAGUUCAGUCUCGGAGGUUCAAAUGGAUUUUACGGCCGAUUUUUAUUUUCGCCAAUUGUGGAGAGAUUCUCGCCUUUCAUUUAAAGCACGUCACGGAAUCUCACAAAUCUUGGUAGAUGCUGAGGUUGCCGACAAGAUUUGGGUUCCAGAUACAUUUUUUGCCAAUGAAAAACAAGCCUAUUUUCACGAAGCUACAACCAAAAAUACCUUUUUACGUAUAAGCCAUGAUGGUCAAGUACUUCGAAGUAUAAGAUUAACGGUAACUGCAAGUUGUCCAAUGAAUUUACAAUAUUUUCCAAUGGACAGGCAAAAGUGCAACAUUGAAAUUGAAAGUUAUGGUUAUUCAAUGACGGAUAUAAUUUACAAUUGGGUUGAUGAGAAUGCAGUUAAAAUUGAUAGUAACUUGAUGCUUCCUCAGUUCUCAAUUGCCAGUAUACGUCAAAGCUGGAAGUAUAUUAGUUUAACUACAGGAAAUUAUUCUCGUCUCAUGUGCGAAAUUCAGUUGACUCGAAGUAUGGGCUAUUACAUGAUUCAAAUUUAUGUUCCAGCAAGUUUAAUUGUGAUCAUUAGUUGGGUCUCUUUUUGGCUUCAUCGUAAUGCAACACCGGCUCGUGUCCAUCUUGGUGUUAUUACGGUUUUAACCAUGACCACUCUCAUGUCUAGUACCAACUCUCAAUUGCCCAAAAUUUCGUACGUAAAGAGUAUCGAUGUUUUCCUGGGAACUUGUUUCGUCAUGGUUUUCGCUGCCCUUCUCGAGUAUGCGGCUGUUGGUUACAUUGGUAAGCGAAUUUCAAUGAGAAAAAAUCGCUUCCAACAAUUGGCCAAGGCGGCUGAAGAGAAGCGUCGAAAGCUUGUCGAGGCAGCAGCAGCAGCAGCCGCUGCCGCUGCUGCAGCCACAUCCUGUGAACCCAUUCACCUUUCAUCCUCGGACCCAAGUGGACCCCAAUCUCACCCAAUCAACUGCAACAAUAGCAACAACCCUUCCUCUAUAAAUAUCAGCACAACAACCAAUCCAAUGAAUAUAAAUAAUAUCAACUCCAAUGGUACCAACAACAACAAUAAUAAUAAUAAUUCAUAACCAAAUAAUAAUAAUAAUCUUAAUAAUAUAAAUAAUUCCAAUAAUGGAAGCUCAAUAACAACCCUUACAACUGUUGCUACUGCUGCUGGAGGUAACGUGUCUUCGGUUGGCCCAAUGGGAUCAACUGGCUCUACGUUUAACCAGACAACAGGGCAACUUGUUGUUGACUCAGCCUUGCAUGGAAGUGGCCUAACUGGUACCAGUGUUUGUAGUGCAAGUGCAACUGUGGGUGUGCCAAGUGUACCUAAACAUCAACUGUAUCAACAGCAACAAGGACAACCUCAUCAUCACCUGACCCACCAUCAUCGUUCAUCCUAUCAGCAACACCAUCAACACCUUCAACAGCAACUUCAACAACAACAACAACAGCACCAAUCCAUUGGUACAUUAACCAGUGUCUCUAAUCUAGGUGUUGGUCUAAGUGUUCCUUCAAACCUAGUUACUUAUGAUUUUUCAGGUAAUGGUCUAAGUGGAGGUAGUGGGAACCUCAUGAUGACCACCAAUCCUGAAAUGAUCAACUGUUCCCUUGGUCCAGGUGGACAUGGUGGCUCAAUGGGAUCAAUGCCUUUAGGUUGUUCUAGAGAUGAUCAAGAUCAAGAAACUUUGGUUACUCAUGUGGGCCAUUAUGCAACACUGCGUAGGCCACUUUUGGAUCGUUCAUCUUUACCAUGUAAAGGUGCUGCCAGUUCAGGUGUAGUUGGAGUAACAGGGGGAACAAGUGUAGGUUCAACUGGAGGUUCAAUGCCUGGUCAACCAAAUCAAAAGCAAUUUUUACCUCAUCGACCUCAGGAGGUUCGACUUGAAAUGGUGGGAUCAAAGAUGACCCCAGUUGCUCAAACAUCAGGCUCCAUGGAUGGUGUUAACCACCAUCAACCUGGCGGCCUAUCAUCAUCGUCCAUAGGAAGAAUUCCAGGGCAUUUUACUACCAAUCUUCACCGGUUUACCGCGGUGCCUCCCAAAAAUUUGAACAACCUUUUCGGUGUCAGUCCAAGUGAUAUUGACAAAUAUUCACGAGUUGUUUUUCCCGUUUGUUUUGUUUGCUUCAACCUAAUGUAUUGGAUCAUCUUUUUACACAUAAGCAGUAUCCUUGAGCCUGGGGCCGACGAAGAGUCUUAACAGUAAACCGAGAACAGUCGACUGGUUUAGGUUAAAG